UAUUUAUUAAUUUUUUCAUACAUGGCCCUAAUACGCCGUCGUAGUAGAUGGUCCUGGUGAUAAAUUAUUUAAUAUCCCAGAACAUGACUGUCUGCUGAACACCGGCCAAUAUUUUAUUAGGUUGGAUGAUUAAGGUAUAAUGUAAAUUAUGUCACUCAGCAAUGAUCAGCCUCACGUGGGACUGAUGAAAAUGACAAACAAUGUAAAAGUGUGUCUUGCUGACAGACACUCUCAUACACUCUACUGUUUUUUUUUUUUUUUUUUUCUUUAACAAUAUCCAUAAUCUGUAUGGUGGAAAAAACAGAUCACGAAAAGGGAAAAAACCCUUCUUGAGCGAUCUUUCUUUUAAUUUAUUAUAAAUGUAGAAAAAUGUUUGUGGUGUUUUUGUUGUUCAGAGCCACAAUAAAACAGGUUUUAACUACAUGGUGAAUCAUAUAAAUAAAAUAUAAAACUUGUGGUGACACACUUUAGUUUAAUCUGUGAUCUGUCUUCACUCCGAUAUGAAACUACAGCGAUGUUGCGAUGAUCAGAUCAGUCCGAUCAGCUGCUGCGUCUAUUCAAUAAGUCAGGGGGCGGGCCACCGCUAAAAGACUUCCGCAUAGGAUGUUCUUGCAAAAAUUGCGAAAAUUAAGGAACAUGGGACGCACCCAAUGCUUCUUCUGGUGCUACGGAUAAACUGGUGAUCGGAUUGAUUGGUGACAGAUGAGUCGUGAGCGUGGCCUUUUUGGACUGGAAAUAAACAUUCUUACUGCUUUGCAUUUAUUUUUCUAUGUAUUAUAAAGACAAUUAUGACAAAUUGAAAUUAUGUUUUGUGAGAUAAAGUCCGUAUAACUUAACAUAAAACGCGAUCAAUGACACAUAUGUCACUAGUUAAUCGGGGUGUAACUUGCUAUGAAAUUACGAACAGUAUAACACGCUUAUAUGAGCGGGGUGAAAUUGGUUUGAGGAUUGUGAGUAGGCACCGACACAGUCACCUAGUCUUUCAUCAAUUCAAGGACCAGUUAAUCCGCAACACAGGGAGUGGCCUAAAAUAUACGCCAUUUGGUUUUCUAUCCUUCUGUUUAAAGUUUUUACCAAGAAAAAAUAGUACAUAUGUUUCCCAAACUUGAUAAAACUAUAGCCAACUAUAGCUACCAGCUAUAGCCCCGCGUUAUCAUGCGUUUACCUCUAGUGGUCUUCGGGUAUGUGGCAGCCUUAAUGGCAAGAGCGCUCUGCUGUGGUCCUAAUGAAUAUAAAACAAGAGAUGGGGAGUGCUGUCCGAUGUGCGCCGAAGGUACAGUUGUUCGACGAGACUGCACAGCGCUGUCAGGCACACGGUGCCGCGCCUGUGGUGAAAGUGAACCGACCUAUAUGAACGAACCAAAUGGACUGGACAAGUGUUUCUCUUGCUCCUCCUGUGCCCAAGGUCAGGGUCUCUUUGCCAAGCAGCAGUGCACAGCAACAACGAACACAGUUUGUGAUGUUAUAAAUGGCUAUUUUUGCGAAGUUGUAAAGGAUGAUGCAGGGUGCAGUUUGGCAAAAAAACAUGCAACCUGUUUGGCUGGUGAGAUGAUACAAACACCUGGAACCAACAGAAAGGAUACGGUGUGUGCACCGUGCCAGCCAGGUUAUUUUUCUCAGCAUGGUGUGAAUUGCACGGCUUGGACUAUUUGCUCAGAAACCCAAAGUAAAGUCCAGGAAGGAAGCACAAGCAGUGACGUUGUUUGUGGAUCUGCUUCCAGAAGCCAUUACAUUAUUUGUAUACCUGCAUUAGUAUCAUCAUUAACAGUUGUUGGGCUUUUGAUUAGAGGCAAAAUAAAAUAAAACAUUGAGGUAUGUCAACUCAAUUAGUUACUUAUUUUGUAAGUUUUCUGCAUGUAGAUAUGUCUCAACGUUUGCGCCACCAAAUAAAAUUCUACAUAAAAAUGUUAAUGUCAUAUUUCGUUUCUCUCCUUCCCUCCACCUAUUUAGUCUCCAGUUGUGGAGGUAGGUGACUAGGUUUGUGUUUUUAAAAACAUUUGUUUGACGUCACCCAUUGGUUUGUGGCCCAUUGGAAGCAUCGAGUUCAUCGUUAAACUCGUCGCCAUCUUGUUUCCGAUACGGGGAGCAGACCAUAUCUGGACUGUGGAGGAGGAGAGGGAUCUGAUCACUAACUACAUACCUCAUUAUCAUUACCAUUCACUAAUUCAUGUUAGCAUUAACUGGGAUGUUAGUUUUGGCUAGCAAAAAACAAAAACAAAAUGUCUGUUACUUACCUCAGAAAACUGAGCAGCGACUCCUUGGAGUGUCUGUUAGUCCAACCAAAUGCUGAACAAGACAUUUUUACUGAACAAAACGUUCAAAUAAACUGUCAUUAAGUGAAAAUACAGUGAAAGGGUCAGUUAUGAGACCAAACCGGUAAACGCCCUUUUUAUAUCUAUAUAACGAUAUAUAACUUUUUUGACACGUUGCCAUGGAAACGCAUUGUUCUGCUUCUCUCCUGAUGAUGGCUGCCUUGUUAGUGACCUGUCAAUCAAAGGUAGCCACGCCCCAAUUCAUGAUUCUUGGUAAUAAAUGAAGUCAGAAGUUUUCUCAUUUUGCAUUGAAAUGAAUGGACAGAAAUGUUUUUGCAGUCAAACUUAGUGCCCCCUGCUGGAAUUUUUGGUAGAAUGCAGCUUAAGGCACUUCCUGGUUUGCCUCCCUGCUCAGAUCCGGAGGUUGCCGUAUGUGCCGUCUAUGAACACCCUAAGGUGAAGAGUAGGCACAGAUCUUUCCAGCAAUAUAGCGGGACAUUUGCGGGCCGCACUAUGAAAGGGGCUAAUGUUUCUUGACGCUUGUGACUACUCGCUACUUUGCCGGCUUUUACAAAUGGUGCGUGUUGUUGUGGCGUCGAGUACUACGUCACAUCCCGCAUAGCAUUCUAUCCAAUCAGCAACCAAGCUUUUUCAGGGGAUAAAAAUGGCCCUGCUCUUUAACAGGGCCAGAAAACGGCCGGUCAAACAACUUCUGUCCAAACAAGAAGCAGAAAAAUGUGUGCAUGUGAUCAUUCCUCAUUAUUACCAGGAAAAUGGACCAUAUCAUCCAAACGUCAAAGAUUAGAUUUAAAAAUCCUGUUUACAAAGCACUGGAUGGUCUCAGGCCCAGAUAAAGUAGAGUUGUUUUUUUAUGAACCACCCAGACACCUUAGAUGAAAGUUUUUUGUAUUUCUAUUUUUAGCUGAGUAAUGUUUGCAAAGUAGCUUUACUGAAUGUUUCCUAAAUGAUAGUAUUAACACUGUUACAUUUUGUAAAUGUAAAAGUAUUUUUUAACAAAGGUUAAAAUAGAUAUUUUUCUUGAAGGAACUUUUAUGUCCUCCAAUGGAAACUGUUUUAAUGAUUACAUCUUCUAAAAUCUUUUUUGUUGUUAUAAUAUUAUUGUAAUGUUUGCUUUUUAUACAGUCGUUUUCUUCAAUUUCCUGUUCAUUUUAAUGCCUGGUACAACUAAAGGUACAUUUGUUUGGACAAUUAUAAUGAUAAGAAAAAAUAGCUAAUAAGAAUUAAGAGCUGAUAUCUAGCCAUUUUCCAUGGUUUUAUUAAUAACCAAAAUCAAGGAAACCAUGGAAAAUGUCUAAAUACCAGUUCUUGAAUUAAACGCUAUUUUUGUUAUCAUUAUAUUCGUCCAAACAAAUGUACCUUUAGUUUACCUUACCAGGCUUUAAAAUGAACGAUAAACUGAAGAAAACAAGGGUGGCCUAAUAAUUUUUUUCAUGACCGUGUUACUUACUACUAUGUGACACUUUGUAACACUUUGAAUUGCCUCUAUUUGAUUCUGCUAUUAAAAUAUUUUCUUGAAAAAUG